UCUCUGGUUUCAGACCUUUUAUUCAUUGUUACUGUUUGAAGAUGCAGCGGUCAAUAAAGUCAUUUUUCCAGCCUAAACCAGGAGGGGCUAUAAAGAAGGAAGAGAAAAAAAAAGAUCAUGGUUCUCGAAAAGAGAAAUGUACUACUACCAGUAAAAAUGGCGGGGAACAUCCAUUAAAAGAGAGAAAUGGUACAACCCUGGUCAGUGAUUCCGAUUCUCCUGUAAAACGUAUUCCAAAGAAGAUUACACGGGUAUUGGACAGUGAUGAGGAAGAGACUAUGGAUUUUGAAACCACAGAACCCACAAAAGAUAAUUCUGAAGCAAGUCAAAAAGAAAAGCCAGCUACUCCACCAGUUGCUGUUUCAGGGGAAGGUGGAAAUGGGGAUUCCAGUGAAAAAUCCUCCAAUGCUGCUUCACCAGAUGCUUCUGUUACUGCUUCCAACAUUCCCAAACGCAAAACAGCUCGCAAGCAGAUAACCAAAAGAAAAUUAGAAAAUAUUUCAGAACAAGAUAAACAGGAUCAAGAGUUGAAUGACAAAGAGGCAACUGCCAAGCGUCAAAAGAAAGAGGCAGAUGAAGGAUUGUCUCCCAAGAACUCUGAAUCAGGCAAAGAGAGCGAACAAUGUGCCAUGGACACAUCACCUGAAAAGACAAAAACACCUGUUAAUAAAUCUGCAGUUAAGUCUGAACCUGAAGAAGAGACUGGACAAUGUACCACAGACUCAUCACCUAAAAAGACUGAAGAAAAAACAGGUGCAAGUCCAUCUUCUGGCAACUCAAAAAAGGGUAAAGGAAAGUCAGACAAAUUCUUUGAAAAGAAGGGUAAAAAAGUUUCAGAGAAAAAGACUAAAAAUCAAUCAUCUGAAAAAGAGAGUGAAGACAUGUCUGACAAACACUCAGAGGAAGAGAGUAAAGUCUCUGAAAAAACUUCUGAAAAAGAAGUUUCUGAAAAGACUACUGAGAAGUCCUCAGCUAACACUCCUGCAAAGCCCACCAAAAAUAUUUCAAGCUUCUUUGGAGCCACCAAGCAAGAUGUUGCAGACCAACAGGCAGAUUACAGUCCAUCAAAAAAUAGUUAUCAUCCAGUAAAUGAUGCCUGCUGGACUAAUGGCCAGAUGGUUCCAUACCUGGCAGUUGCACGCACCUUUGAAAUGAUUGAAGAUGAAUCUGCACGCUUAAAGAACAUAGAGACUCUUAGUAAUUUUCUGCGUUCUGUUAUCUGUCUGUCUCCGGGGGAUCUUUUGCCUUGUAUCUACCUCUGUUUGAACCGCUUGGGUCCUGCUUAUGAAGGGCUUGAACUUGGUUUAGGAGAAACUAUAUUAAUGAAAGCGAUUGCACAAGCGACUGGGCGUCAGUUAGAUAAAAUUAAAGCUGAGGCACAAGAAAAGGGGGAUCUUGGACUUGUUGCGGAGAGCAGCCGAAGUAACCAGCGCACCAUGUUCACACCACCAAAACUUACUGUUUUGGGCGUCUUUAACAAGCUGAAAGAGAUUGCCAAGAUGACUGGUAAUGCUUCUAUGAAUAAGAAAAUUGAUGUCAUUAAAGGCUUGUUUGUGGCAUGCAGGCAUUCUGAAGCACGUUACAUUGCUAGAUCUUUAGGAGGAAAACUUCGAAUAGGAUUGGCGGAGCUAUCUGUUCUGGCAGCUAUCUCACAGGCUGUGUGCCUUACACCACCAGGCCAAGAGUUUCCACCUGCUGUGAUAGAUGCCUCAAAGGGGAUGAGCACAGAGGCUAAAAAAGCAUGGAUUGAGGAGCAUUCUUUGAUCCUGAAGCAGACAUUCUGUGAGUUACCAAACUAUGAUGCCGUUAUUCCAGCACUUCUGAAGCAUGGAAUUAAGGAGCUUCCCCAACAUUGCCACCUUACUCCAGGGGUCCCAUUAAAGCCAAUGUUGGCACACCCGACUAAGGGAGUUGGUGAAGUGCUGAAGAGGUUUGAAGAAGCUGCUUUUACCUCUGAAUAUAAAUAUGAUGGAGAGCGUGCACAGAUACAUAUUCUGGAGAAUGGAGAAGUGCACGUAUACAGCAGAAAUCAGGAAAACAAUACAUCAAAAUAUCCGGACAUAAUCGGCAGAAUUCCCAAGGUAAAGAAAGACAGUGUAAAGUCUUGUAUCAUUGAUUCAGAGGCUGUUGCAUGGGACCCACAGAAAAAGCAGAUCCAGCCCUUCCAAGUGCUCACUACUAGAAAACGAAAGGAUGUGGAAGCUUCAGAAAUAAAAGUCCAAGUGUGUGUGUAUGCUUUUGACAUGCUGUAUUUAAAUGGAGAGUCUCUAGUUAGAGAACCAUUUUCUAGAAGACGCCAGCUACUAAGAGAGUCUUUUCAAGAGGUGGAAGGAGAAUUCAUGUUUGCUACAUAUAUGGACACAUCAAACACAGAUGAAAUAUCAGAGUUUCUUGAUCAGUCAAUUAAAGAUUCUUGUGAAGGCCUGAUGGUAAAAACUCUAGAGGAGAAUGCCACAUAUGAAAUUGCAAAGCGUUCCCACAAUUGGUUAAAGAUAAAGAAAGAUUACUUGGAGGGAUUAGGAGACACUUUGGAUCUGGUUGUUAUUGGUGCCUAUUUGGGGAAAGGAAAGCGAACUGGGAAAUAUGGAGGCUUUUUACUGGCAUCAUAUGAUGAAGAGAGUGAAGAAUAUCAGACGAUAUGCAAGAUUGGAACAGGUUUCACGGAUGAGGAUUUGGAAACCCACUACAAUUUCCUGAAGGACCAUGUCAUUGACGGAGCACGCAGCUACUACCGCUGGGACAGUUCAACACAGCCAGAUCACUGGCUUGAGCCUGUGCAAGUUUGGGAAGUGAAGUGUGCAGACCUUUCAAUCUCUCCUGUACAUAAAGCUGCACUAGGACUGGUGGAGGAUGAAAAGGGAAUUUCACUACGCUUCCCACGUUUUCUUCGAAUUCGAGAUGAUAAAAAGCCAGAAGAAGCUACAAACAGUUAUCAGGUUGCCGAGCUUUAUAAGAAACAACAACAAAUACAGAACACAUCUGCAGAGAAAGGAGAUGAUGAUUUCUACUAGAUUUGUGUAAAUAGUAAACCAUAUUGUUAUGGAAUAAAUAACUAAAUGUGAUUGCAGCAUGUAUGUAUGUUCAUGUACCACCA